CAGAGAAAGCGGCACUAUGCAAGGCCUGGUAUCACUCCGCUUCCGUGAGGCCGGAUCGCCUUCAACUCCGCUAAAGCUGCUCGGUUUUGGUUCUGGGGACGUGGAGAGACAAAGUCUGCGGAGGAAAAGGGUUCGGCACCCCUCGAGGCAAGGAAAUGAGAAAACUGCCUCUCAUCCAAGCAGAGCAGGUCCAACUUCAGUGGCAGAUCUGGUGGCCUUGGAGUGGCUGAAGACCACCACCCUCCACAGGGCUGCGCUCAGGCACACAGCCAUCCUUCCUUUCCCUGAGUGAGCUUCCUCUGCACGUUGUUUAUAUCACUGGCAGAGCCUAUAGUUGGAAAGGGGGCUGAGUGACAACUGGACUUUGUAUGAAAACACCAACUUGGGAGAGACCUUCAGUCAAGGCUGAGACGGGGGUGGGGAUACAUAACUUGGCCUUGCCUUUAACUUGGAUCAUGACUGGCUUCGAGGCUAAGGCAAGGGCAGAGGAGGGGCUGGGGCUGGCCUGAAAGCUGGAAUCUGUGGCCCUGCCAACACUAGAGCCAAGGCUAAGAUCCAUGCCAAGGCAGUGGCUGAGACAGAAUCGGAAACAGGACCAGUGACCCAGGCCAAGCCUGGGGAUGGAGCAAUGGCCAGGAUACAGGCAGUGACCUACACUGAGGCCGUGCCUUGACAAGGGAAGUGAGCAAGAUGGAAGCUAAAACUAAGACUAGAGUUGUGGCUGAGACUAAGGCAGACCCCCCUACAGAACCUGGUAUAGUGUCCCAAACCAAGUCAAAGGCCAUGCCUAUGUCCAGGGUCAGUGCUGUGACCAAGUAUGAAGUCAAGGCUGGUGCUGGAAGUGAAGUCAAUAUCAGGUCCUUUGCUAAGGCUGAUGGUAAAGACAAUAUUGGGUCCAGGUCCCAGAGAAGGAGAGAGGCCAGCAUCAAGUUGAGGGUGGGGGACAGAGCUGGUAUUGUAAUUGAGUCCAGUGAUGAGGCUGAAGAAAAUGUCUGCUCUUGGUUUUGGACUGGAGAAGAGCCUAGUGUAGGAUCCUGGUUCUGGCCUGAAGAAGAGACCCCUUUUCAAGUGUAUAAGCCUCCACGUAAGAUCCAGGAAAAGCCCAAGCCCAAGCCCAAACCCGAACUUACUAUAAAGCAAAAAGCGGCAGCAUGGUCAAGGGCCAGGUUUUGUGUCCUAGUCCCAGUAGAGGGAGGGGAGCGAUCCUUGCCUCCAGAAGGGAACUGGACUCUGGUUGAGACCUUGAUUGAAACUCCUCUGGGGAUUCGGCCUCUGACCAAGAUCCCACCCUAUAAUGGGCCUUACUUCCAGACCUUAGCUGAGCUCAAAAAACAGGUUAAGUAUAGGGAAAAGUAUGGGCCCAAUCCAAAAGCCUGCCGCUGCAAAUCACAUGUUUUUAGUUUAGAGCCUAAAGAGUUUGAUAAACUCGUUGCCCUACUUAAGUUAACUAGGGAUCCUUUCAUUCAUGAAAUAGCUACAAUGAUAAUGGGUAUCAGUCCUGCUUAUCCAUUUACCCAAGAUAUAAUUCAUGAUGUAGGUAUUACUGUUAUGAUUGAAAACUUGGUCAAUAAUCCCAAUGUUAAAGAACACCCUAGAACUUUAAAUAUGGUGGAUGACAACUCUGAGUCUUCUGGAGAACCAAAAACAGGAGAGUCAUAUGUAAACCAAGUUUGUAAGGACAUAAUCUCUUUUCCUUUGAACUCCCCUGAGCAACUGGCUGGACUAAAAUUAUUAGUGCAGCUGAGUGUAAAAUUUGAGGACCACCAUAUGAUUGUCAAUUACAUUCCAGAUAUCCUCACCUUGUUAAACAAGGGAAGUGGCAAAACCAAGUUUUAUGUUUUAAAAGUGUUUUCGCGCUUGUCUAAAAAUCAAGCCAAUACAAGAGAACUGAUCAGUGCCAAAGUACUGUCAUCACUGGUUGCGCCGUUUAACAAAAAUGAGUCAAAGGCCAAUAUUCUUAAUACCAUUGAAAUAUUUGAGAAUAUAAAUUUCCAAUUCAAAAAGAAGGUGAAGCUAUUUACCAAGGAAGAGUUCACUAAAUCUGAACUUAUUUCCAUAUUCCAGGAAGCAAAACAGUUUGGUCAGAAACUACAAGACUUAGCAGAGCACAGUGAUCCUGAGAUCAUGCUUUUGGUGUUUAAGGACUCAUUGCCAGAAGUGAUGUUAGCAACAUGGCCAAAUACGACAUUCCUCGAACAUAUGCCCCGUUCAACAAUAACAAUUUAGCAUCCAUCUACAAAUAAAAGUGCCUUUGUGAAAGCUGUGGGAUCCAACACCAUAUGCCACAGGACCCGGAAGGAGUCUCACCCACUCGUGCCUCAGGUAAUACACAUACAGAUCUCAGUCCUGGCUGCGGACCCUGCAGUGGCCCAUGUGCUGGUCCCAGUCCCUCUCAGCCAUGGUCUGGGAGCCCCUGAAGAACACUGUCAAUCACCUACGGAUGAGACAAUCACCCAUGGACAAGAAAGCCUUUAUGGAAUUCUAGGUUUCCAGCAGAGAAGGUCCAGCAUGCUGUUGGAGGAAAC